AGAGAGAGAGAGAGAGAGAGAGAGAGAGAGGAGAAAAGAAAAAUCCCAAACAACAAACUCAGGCUCUCAGGCGUCCAUGAAGUGUACUAUGCUCUGGCGUUCUUUCUCAGAGCCACCAGAAGCGUUCCUGCCAGCAAAGGUAGUGAGACGCCAGACUGGGAGGACAGACUGACUGAUUUUUUUCCCCCCAGUUUCCUUUGUGGAGACCAUAUCGGAGCCUGCAAAGGCCUCGAGAGCCCCAAACAUGAGUGCCAAUGGCAGCUCGGUGGCUCAGCUCCUCUGGCAGCCGCCCGUGUGCAGGAGCUGGAAACCGGAUGUGGAAGGAGCUGUCUACCACCUGGCCAACUGCUUCUUGCUUAUGGGCUUCAUGGCAGGCAGUGGAGUGUAUGGAUGCUUCUAUCUUUUCGGCAUCCUGGGCCCAGGCUACCUCUGCUGCGUGCUGUGGGGCUGGUUUGAUGCUUGUGGGCUAGACAUCGUCCUUUGGAACGUCCUCCUGACAGUGGCUUGCCUGCUUCAGCUGGCACAGCUGGUAUAUCGCGUCAGGGUGAAUACCCUCCCGGAGGAAUUCAACCUCCUCUAUAGGACACUGUGCCUGCCCCUGCAGGUGCCCCUGCAGGUCUACAAGGAGAUUGUCCACUGCUGCCAUGAGCAGGUCUUGACGCUGGCCACAGAGCAGACCUACGCCGUGGAGGGGGAGACCCCCAUCAACCGCCUGUCCCUGCUCCUCUCUGGCCGGGUUCGAGUGAGCCAAGAUGGACAGUUUCUGCACUACAUCUUUCCGUAUCAGUUCAUGGACUCACCCGAAUGGGAAUCACUGCAUCCUUCAGAAGAGGGGACCUUCCAGGUAACACUGACCGCGGAGACCGAAUGUAGCUACAUUUCCUGGCCCCGGAAAAAUCUCCACCUUCUUCUGAACAGAGAGCGAUACAUCUCCCGCCUCUUCUCAGCCCUGCUGGGCUAUGACAUCUCGGAGAAGCUCUAUACCCUCAAUGACAAGCUGUUUGCCAAGUUUGGGUUACGCUUCGACAUCCGCCUUCCCAGCCUCUACCAUGUUCUGAGUCCCUCCGACUCAGACGGGGAACCAGAGUCUGAGAAAGAUGAUGAAGAAGCCCUCGAGGCAGCUGUGUCCCCUGCUCAGGCCAGGCCCAUCUGCAUCGUGCCAACACCCCCUUGUUCCGCACCUCCAGCAACCACCAACUUCCCCGUGCCUCUGCCCCGGGCAAGGAUGCCCAGGCCGGACAGUGGCACCCUGGCCUCUAGACGUCCUCUCCAGAACUCUUCUCAAGUUAUGUCCAGAUCCCAGGCGCCUUUGGCUCCAAUUCACACUCCUGAGCUCUAAGGAUCACAGAGCUGUCGUCUCUGUGGCCAAAUGGCGCUCCUCCAUGUUCCCUGGAUGGCCACUUGUUCUCUCACCCCUCCUCUUAGCCCUCCAGAAAGAUGUGUGGCAAGGUGGGGGCUGGACGUGACGUGGAGAAACUCACCUUCAGGAGCCUUCCUCACAGGAGGAGGGUCCAGAGGCACCAGGCCUGACUCCAUCCUUUAUGGGUUACAGGACAUCACCAGGUUUACAUGGCCUCUGAACCUGGUCUGUGAGGCUAUGAACUUACGUCCGUCAUAGGGUUGUUGUGAGGAUCCAAUGAGCUGAUUGGGUAAAGCACCUAUGACAGGACAUAUCGUCAAGCAAGCACACAAUAAAACACUUCAUGCCUCUCCACGUGUUGUUGCUUUAAAUUGUCUGAAAGGAUCCAGCAACUUUUACCCAUGGUUAUUUUAUUCCCAAAGUUAAUUUUCAAUUGAAAUAGAAAAAUUUAAAUCCCAAUUGUUCCCUCCAACUUUUAAUUUUAAAACACAAAUAGCUGUGUCCUGUUUAUGAAUCUAACAUUACGUUUUAGUUCUUAAAAGCAUUUUAUAAAUUUAGCCAAUGAGUUUUCCUUCCUCGAAUAUUUAAAAAAUGGCUUACGAGUUGAAUAUAUUCUGCUCUCUCCUUUUCUCUGACUCUUUAUUUUUGAUUAAGUCGAUAUGUCCCUACUACAACCGAGGCUGGCCUCGAACUUGCAAUCCUCCUGCCUCUCCUUCCUGAAUGCUAGGAUUACAGGUAUAUGCCACAUACCUUGCUGAAUAUUUUUCACUUUGUUUUUCCUCAAAAACUUCGAUGUACAUUCUGGUUACCUAAUGCUGUGUGAUCUACCCCUCAUAUAGUGGCUUCAAAGAGUUGUAAUGACUGGAUUUGCUCAUGAGGUGGGGACCAGCUGGGGUGGCUAGAUGGUGCUCACACAGCUCCACGCUAGCUGGGGACCGGCUGGGGCGGUUCACUCAGCUCCGUGCUCUUUCUCACAGUGCGGCUUUCGGCACUCACAGGCUUGAAGCAGGUUUCACCUCUGAGGCCUCUUCACUCAGCCUGUCUGGGGCCAGACUGAGAAAACCCCCAUAGCUGAGGACUAACCGAAGGGGAGGCUUGCUCCAUCUCCAGGGGUUGGCUCUCUAGCGUGUGAGUACACCAUGCUGUCCCCAUGCAUUCUAACAUGGAUAAGCAUCUGGGUGGUUUUCAGGGUUCCCGUGGACAUCCAUGGACACAGGCUUAGGUAUGCAUAUAUAUGUGCAUUUCUUCAGCAUGUACCUAGGAGUGGUACCAUCAAGGCAUCGGGCACUGGGUGCAGACGUGUUGAACUACAGUGGAUUCAGCCAAACAGUUUCCUUACGUGGUUGUACUAACUUGCGUUCCUUUCAGCAAUGUCUGAGAGUCCCUCUCGAGCGGCUGUGAUUGGUUUUUCCAACCUUUGCCUUUUGGGUGUGCAUAGCAGCUUUUCAUUGUGGUUACGCUUUUCGUUUUCUUGAUGAAUACUAUGGUUGAAUACUUUUUCUUUUCUGCUUUUUUCUUUUUCUAUUGAAGCCCUCCUAUUGCUGCCCCUCCUCACAGCUGGGGUUAAGUGCUAGAGCACCUGGCUUGUUCCACCGCUACUGGAACCUGAACUCCACACUUUGUUGGUUGCAUAACAGCUGCUCUUAACCAUUGAGCCAUCUCUCCAGCCCCGCCCUCUAUCUCUGUCUGAGUGUUUCCCAUUAUGAAGAGGCUAGUCUUGUUUCUUUAGUUAUUUCUCUAUUUGCUUGUUGUUUUUUUUCUUACUGAUUUGUAGAGAUGCUUUAAAUAAUCAGGUUUAAAAUAUUCUGUUAGCUUUUACACAUUUCCCCCAAAUACAUUCUUUUUCCUCUAAAUGGUAUCUUUUGGAGAACAGUCAUUUUGACUUCACCGCAGGCUUGGUGUCUCCCUUUUCUUAGGUUAGUACUCUCUGUGUCGAGUUUGAGGAUCUUCUGCUCCCCCGAGGAUGGUGCCCAUCUCAUCCUUCUGAACGUUUUACUGUUUUACAGCUCGCGAUGAAGGCAGGGUCAGCCUGUAUUUGGUUUCAGAGCGUGGCAUGAAGCCAGAGCCCACUUGGGUUCCCAGUUGCCUGGACAUUUGUUACUGAGAUGGUUAUUUUAACCAUGAUGCUAGCAUCCAUCACCACCUUUGUCAUAAGUCAAACACCCCUGUACCCAUAGCUCUUUCUGGGACUGGGCCACUGCCCUGCUUCUUGCAGUAGCCCCGAGCUACUACAUCCCAGCUCUCUCCGUUCUGUGUUCCUAUCCAUUAGUAAUGCUUCCUUACAGUAGCUGCUGUAGCACUGUAGUAAGCUUUGGGAUCUGGCAAUCUAACUGUUCCUUGGGCUAUAAUGGGUAUUUCCUCUUACACAUCUACAUAAGCUGUACAAACGGCAUGUGCACUUUGAAGUAUGUGCAGAUCAAGUGUGGAAAGGGCUUAGUUUUUUUUUUAAUUUUUAGUAGAUAUUUUCUUCAUUUACAUUUCAA